UUGCGAUUGCGAUUUUCAAAAUGGCGUCCUUGUUUCUCACUCGUUCAGUUCGYCCAGCUUUUACUGUAUUUUUGCGACCGUUUUUGACUUCUUCUUCAGCUUACUCAGCAUCAAGUGGUGAAAUAGUUAUCGAUAAAACUGAUAAAUCAGUCGAUACUACUGGAGAUGAUCAACAAACAGGGAUAGCAAUCUUAAACGGCAUUCCAGAAUGGCAUUUAAAAAACCGUACAGCGAGGAUAUUUUUUCCAUCCAAGAAUGCAAUGCAGUCAGGAACACAGAGCUUUCAAAACUGGCGACUUGAAUUUGAAAACAUGGAAAGAUGGGAAAAUCCUUUGAUGGGCUGGGCAUCAACGGGUGAUCCUUUGUCUAAUAUGACUCUUGAUUUCACAAGUAAAGAGGAAGCCAUUGCUUUUGCAGAGAGCCAUGGAUUUAAAUAUGAAUUAGAGGAAAAACAGGAGAAGAAGAUCAUACCAAAAUCGUAUGGAGCAAAUUUUUCCUGGAAUAAAAACACUCGGGUUUCUACCAAGUAACUUUUCUUCAUUGAAAGAUUAUUAUUGAUAAUGAUUAUGUAAAUACGUGUAUCACAAUGGCUAGUGCUUUGACUAUUGAUAUUAAAAGAGUUCGUUUUAACGAUUUA